CCCCGCAUGUCGUCGUGCUAGAGACCUUAAUAGCGUUGCAUCUCUAAAGGUUCUAUAAUUCAUUUGCAAUCGGCGUCUCCAUCAGGUUGACAAUGACCUUCGUAGUCUGUCGCUUCCGAGGCUACGCCUCUAUCACCAGUCAGGGACAUGUCUAUUAACCCGACUUGUCGAUUCUCGAUAUCAGAUUCACGAUGUGAAGCUCUCAGAGGGUGGAACCAAAUGUAGGCCAUUGGUUGUGGGCAGCUACGGACGGCUAUUUUUAUUGCUCCCACCGCCUAUUGCUGAAUCCGAGGCUGGUGGUGUCCAAGGUCUGAACUGACAGGCUAUGUUAUGUUGACACUGAAACAUGGCUCUUCGUUCUUUCUUCGUGCUUCAACAAGUCCGUUUGCACGUAAGCCUUGGCGCGGAUGGGAGCAAUCGCAUUGGAGUGGUGCUUGCCCAAGGGAAGGAACUCUUCUCUGACUCCACCCACGGCCCACACGCCGACACUCUUCACUAUAUCUUGUCAAACCUUGACUACACGAUGGACGAGCAAACCCAAUCUGCACUCGACGGACAUCUACAAGUAUCUCACAGCAACAACUUGCAGACUCUCCAAAAGCCAGCUGGCAGAUACGCUCGUGCGAUCCGCAAAGGUCGACCACGACCCAGCGACACUUGGGAUGUAAAGUUUGCCAAAAACGAUAUCGUCGAGAUUCUCGAAGACCUCGGGAGAGAUUGGUAUUACUUGCGGAAAGAGAAGAAUGGGACAAAGGGAACUGCCCACGGAUCCUGGCUCGAUUUCACGUACCAAGCCUUCCAGACAUUCCAGCAAGACAGCGACAAGCUUUUCAGCAGAAAGGAUAACUCGACAUUUAUCACGCUGCCACCAGUGAUGUACUUCUGUCAAGAGAUCAAAUGCAAAGAGGAGAAGAGGGACGACAAUAAACCGGAUUUCUGCAACCAUGAGCUGGAGAAGCUCCUUCGAAGGUCGGGUAAUUAUUCAUGCAAGCUACUCCGGCAGCAACGGAUCAAAUGGCAUCCGGAUCAGUUUGCGAAGUACUGUCGAGAGGACUGCCGUGAAGUCCUGACCCGGAAAGCGGACAGCCUGUGUGCAAUGCUGGGCAGCCUUCUGGCGAAAGAGAAGGAGAAGGGGCAAUCUAAAUGACACCUACCGGCUGGAAGAUUUUGGUCUUUUGUGCCUGGAUUGCAUCCACUCGUGGAAAUGAAGUCGCUGGAAUCCUCGAGGCUUGUGGUCACCUGUACUUGAUCGAUAGAGACGGCCUGUUCUUCUAUGCCCGAGUUGCAAUGCCUCUCGCCUUUACGUAUUUGAAGGAAACUAGCUACAAGGUUCUGUGGGUCACCUCUUAUACACAAUAUAUCC